AUGAACAGUUUACCCGCUGAGGUUACCAGCACGCUGCUGGAGAUCCUGCGAGGGUUUGCCUCGCCGGACAACGGGAUCAGGGCCGCCGCGGAGAAGAAAUUGAACGACGAGUGGAUCACACCGGAGAACAUCGAGGUGCUGCUCGUGUUUCUCGCCGUGCAGGCGGCGUACGCGCAGGAUUUCACCACCGCGGCGCUUUCUGCGGUUUUGUUCCGGAAACUCGCGCUUAGGGCACCACCGGCGUCCAAGACGGUCAUCAUCUCCAAGAAUAUCACUCACAUCAACCAGGAGUCCCUCUUCACGAUCCGUAAAGUGCUACUGGAUGGGUUUCUCGCUGAACGGCCCAGGGAUAUCAGACAUAAGUUGUCCGAUGCGAUUGCAGAGUGUGCGCAGGAUGAGCUUGCAGAGUGGACUGAGCUUACGGAGACUUUACUCAAGUGUCUGACCAGCGCUGACGCUGGGUACAAGGAGUCCAGCUUCAGGAUACUCACGUCCGUGCCCCAAUUGGUCAACACAGUCGAUAUCAGCAACAUCUUGCCCAUCUUUGAGGCUGGAUUUACAGACGGCAACGACGAGGUCAAGAUUGCAUCAGUGACUGCGUUCGUAGGGUAUUUCAAGCAGCUACCCAAGCAACACUGGUCUAAGAUCGGCAUCCUCCUGCCGAGUCUUCUCAACUCGCUCCCCAAAUUCUUAGAUGACAAUAAGGACGACGCUCUUGCCGCAGUGCUCGAGUCGCUGAUAGAGCUCGUCGAACUCGCACCACGGCUCUUCAAGGACAUGUUCGACCAAAUCAUCCAGUUCUGUAACAUACUUAUCAAGAACACGGACUUGGAGACUCCCGCAAGGACCACGGCGCUAGAGUUGCUCACCGUGUUUAGUGAGAAUGCGCCCCAGAUGUGCAAAAUGAACGCCAACUACGCAAGCUCCAUCGUUAUGAACACACUGCUCAUGAUGACCGAAAUCUCCCUCGAUGACGACGACGCUGCCGAGUGGAAGGAAUCGGACGACACAGAUGACGAGGAGGAGGUCACGUACGAUCACGCCAGACAGGCACUGGACCGUGUCUCGCUGAAACUGGGUGGACAGUACCUCGCGCCGACUCUGUUCCAAUUCCUGCAACAGAUGGUCACCUCAAACGACUGGAGGGCACGCUUCGCGGCCACAAUGGCACUGUCGUCAGCAGCGGAGGGUUGCCAGGACGUCCUGAUAGGAGAGAUCCCCAAGAUCCUCGACAUGGUCGUGCCCCUCAUCGCAGAUCCACACCCAAGGGUCCAGUACGGCUGUUGUAACGUGCUUGGCCAAAUCUCAACAGAUUUCUCACCAUUGAUUCAAAGGAUCGCGCACGAAAGGAUCCUACCGGCGCUGAUCUCACGGCUGACGCCGGCGUCCUGUGAAAGAGUGCAAACGCACGCAGCGGCUGCACUGGUCAACUUCUCAGAACAGGCAAACCAAAAGAUCCUCGAACCAUACUUGGACAGUCUACUAACCAACUUGCUGACUCUGCUACAGAGCAACAAAUUGUACGUCCAAGAGCAAGCACUCACGACUAUCGCGUUCAUCGCGGAGGCGGCAAAGACGAAAUUCAUCAAGUAUUACGACACGCUGAUGCCCUUGUUGCUCAAUGUGCUCAAGACGGAGAACCAGGAUAAUAACGGUGUUUUGAAGGGCAAGUGUAUCGAAUGUGCCACUUUGAUCGCAGUCGCCGUGGGGAAGCUGAAGUUCGCGGAACACUCGCAGGAACUGAUUGGCUUGCUACUCGCCCACCAGAACGCAAUGGUCUCGGAGGACGAUUCGAUCAGGUCGUACUUGGAGCACGGAUGGGGUAGGAUAUGUCGUAUCAUGGGAGAAGAGUUUGUGCCCUUGCUGCCCGUAGUCCUUCCACCACUGCUGGAGACGGCAAAGGCGACACAGGAUGUUAGCUUAAUCGAGGAGGAAGAGGCUGCGGACUUCCAAAAAUACGUCGACUGGGACGUGGUCCAAAUCCAGGGCAAACAUAUAGCGAUCCACACGUCAGUCUUGGACGAUAAAGUGUCCGCAAUGGAGCUACUGCAGCUCUACGCGAGCAUCCUCAAGAAUCUUUUCGCCGGAUACGUUCAAGAGAUAAUGACGGAAAUCGCCGUGCCAGCUAUCGACUACUACUUGCACGACGGUGUCCGUGCCACGGGCGCCACGUUGAUCCCGAUCCUACUGUCGUCGUUGAUCUCUGCCACGGGUACAAACAACGCGGAUGCUGUGCAACUGUGGCACUUGGCCUCGGGCAAAUUGAUCGGCGCAAUCAGUACGGAACCAAUGUUAGAGAUCACGCAGACGUAUCACAGCGCGAUAGUCGACGGUCUCGCAGUGAUGGGGAACAGCCCGUUGCCAGAAGAGCUGCUGCAGCAGUACACCAAGGGCGCAUCCAACAAUUUGACAGACGUGUACGAAAGAGUUAAGGAGCGCCACAACGAGGCUGACGAGUAUAACGAGGAACUUGACGACGAGUACGAGGGAUUCACAGAUGAAGACCUGCUCGACGAAAUCAACAAGAGUUUGGCAGCAAUCAUGAGGGCUAACGGUCAAACGUUCCUUCCUCAUAUACAGACGUUGUGGCCUCUGAUCAACACGUACUUGCAGGAAAAUGAACUCAUUUUGGUACUCUUCGCAUUGGUCGCCAUUGGGGAUAUAAUCCAACACUAUGGGGAAGUGACGGUAAGUUUGAAGGACGCCUAUGUUGACAAGAUUGCUGCAUACCUGGUGUCGCCGGAACCACAGAUUCGUCAAGCCGCCGCGUACAUUUUGGGAGUUUGUAGCCAGUACGCCCCAUCCACGUAUGGGGAACUCUGCAUAUCGUCGUUGAACACGCUUGUACAGAUAGUCAGCAUCCCAGAGGCUAAAUCAGAUGAAAACCAAACCGCCACGGAGAACGCAAGUGCCGCAAUUGCCAAAAUUCUGUCCGCAUACGACGCCAAUGUCCCCAAUACAGAAUCGUACAUUGAAAGUUGGCUUAAGUCGCUGCCAACAAUUGUCGACGAGGAGGCCGCUGGCUUUAAUUAUAGAUACUUGUCGCACUUGAUCGAAGCCAACUGUCCGUUGGUGACUGGAACCACCAUUCCAACGAUAGUGGACUCCUCUAUCCAAGCAUUGUACCACAAGUCCGUUUCUGGUAAAGGCGCCGAGCUAUUAGCCGACUCUUUGAAGAAAUUGUUGAGCACUCUGUCUCAGAAUGACGCGAUGUCUCUCCUUGCAAACUAUCCACCGGAGUACCUGCCUGUUAUCCAGUCCUAUUUCUCAUAG